UGUCCCCUCCAAAUCCCCUUUCCCCUUCUUCACAACCCCCGUUGUCAUUGACGCUGCCGCCCUUUCUCGAUCCGCGACCCCUCGUGUUCACCGCUGCUCUUUUGGAAACCCCCUGGUCUAUCAGUCAUUGCAAGCGCCGAAUGGGGUUAUAAUUGCUCGCUUUGCGCGCAUCUUAUUACCAACACACGGACGCCUCUCCGCUUGUCGCCUUGUCCCGUCCGUCCCUCUUAUAUUUUCGGCCCCCCCUCGCAAAUGUAUGCCAACCCAGGUCAACCGGGCCAACAUCCAUCGCAGUGGGACAAUCAGCAAGCUGCUCAUCUAGCUUAUCCUCCUCGACAAGAGUACGGGCGUCCUCCAACCACGACGGUCGACAACAUGGUCACUAUUCCUCGUCAGCCAAACGUUUACCUACCUAGCCCUCAUGACCCUUACCGGGGUCUACCGCCCGACCCUUACCGGCCGCCGCCGCAGCAGCACAUGAGUUUCAACCAGCCUGCGCCUCGUCAGCGGACCGCUAUUGCCUGCAAAUACUGCCGGAGACGCAAGAUUCGAUGCUCUGGAUUCGAUUCGUCUCCUGAAGGUCGUUGCACUAAUUGCAUGCGCUUCCGCCAAGAAUGUGUUUUCAUGCCUGUGUCAUCCCAGACUCAAGCAUUUGUGCCUGCACACACGGCCUAUCCGCAUCUUCGAAACUCGGCCAUGCCGCCUCGUGAUCGGCCGUUGUAUCCGCAAAAUCCUGUCUUGUUCGGCGCGCAUGGCCAGCCUCUGACGGGAGUGCUUCCUCAGCAGGAAGUGUAUGGAGUAAGCGCUGCCCCAGGAUAUUCCGUUCCCUCGCCUACAACGGCGUCCUACCCUUCUCCUACGGCAAACGGAUAUCCAUAUGAUGACCGACGGGAUCGCGAACGGGAGGAUUCUCACGCUGCGCUUUUGCCGCGACCCUUGCCCGGUGCUCCAGCGCCAGGCCGGCGCAGCUCCGGUGAAUACCAAUAUCCUGAUCCCACGCCUCUCAAUGUGCAGCCGGUCUCGGCCACGACUGCGACCCCCCACGCCAUGCCUGCCCAGCAACCCUACUACUCGACCCAGCCGCCUCGACGCUCGCCUCCGGCGACUUAUGCGUACGAAAAUAGGGGCUCGGCUUCUCCUCAUGGUCUGGUUCCUGUUACUACGGCAGCACCUUCUGCGUAUCCGUAUCCGACUUCGCAUUCCCCUUCGGCUGUGCCGCCAGUUGCCAGGUUAGAUGGCAGGACCCCUCCGCCCCCUCCAUCGCAGCCCUCGCCUCACCAGGACGCUCGAUCAGGCAUGAGCAUCCGAGUGAUGAUGAACUCAGAUCAAGGGUCAGGUGGAAGGAGCAGCACGGACAGUGACAUGCUCAACGCUCUCAACCGACGACCCAUGUGAGCGGGAAGUCACAAACCUGCCGACCUCUUCGCGCAGACAUGAGCAGCAGGCAUGCCUUUCUGCGCCAGUCGAUUCCUUGCAAACUUAUUGAUUUUAUGACGACACUGCGUGUUUCCUUUUGAAGGAAAAACAAAAAGUCAUACGGAGGCAUAUU